AACAAAACGUGACUAGGCACCCAAAGAGUCCUGUUAUGCAACUACUGACCUACUAACAUACAAUUGGAGACAUUGAGAGAGUGAGGAGGAAAUUGUAGCAAGUCCCCAACGUAACACGAGAAGCAGAUUCAAAAUAAGCGACACAGAAUUCAUGCUCAGAUACAAGCACUAAUCACAGAGCUCGCACUCUACGUGAAGCACGAUCGUACAUUUGAAUUCGACAGACGUCGGAAAUAGGAAUUGUUGAACAGUAACGUGGCUGCUAUAUUAGGCUUCGCACUGUGGGCUUUUAUUUACACAUACAAGCCUUUCAUCUUGCAACCUACUGGAGAAGGAGAGGCAGCGCCCUUCCCAAGAGACUGACAAGCCGAGAUGGACUGAGUGACCUACAUCCUGCAACACGCCUGGAGCAGUAGGGCACAUCUCUGUCUGCUCAGCACAGCGCAAUCGCAAAAAGAUAGAAAAAUAAAAAACAAAGAAAAUAAGGUCAGAGAAUCACUCAGCGAAGCUCGUCAUUCUCCACUCCAGGAAUUCAUUUUUUUUCUCUCUCUACAAGGCAGCUUUGACCCACUUUUCUGUGAGAAAGCUGAAGAGACUUGCCUAGAGAAAGGCGGAACAUACAUUGGAUAAAUGAGGGGAAUUAACGCAGAGUUCCACCUUUUCUUGAUCUUCUUGGCCAACGUAGACACUUGAACUAUAAGCUCAUUCAUUCAGUGACAUAUAGCUGAAUCACUCCCGUUCUUAUCACCCCAUUCCUUGAGGUUCUUUUCCAGUGGUUGUAGCAAUAUUCCAAACUGGCCUCCACUGAGCAACAAUGGAAAGCCUGAAUUCACAACUCCAAUCAGCAAGCUCAGAAAAUAACCUGGACAACCUAGAGACAUACUCUAACUACGAAGAGUCUCUCCCAUCGCCCCAAGGAACCCCCUCUCGCCAGGGGCGUCUCAUCAAGCCCAAGCCCAAGCCCAGCAUGAGUUGCAGACGCAAGCGUGAGUUCAUCUCUGAUGAAAAGAAGGAUGCCUCCUACUGGGAGAAGCGCCGUAAGAACAACGAGGCGGCCAAACGCUCCAGGGAGAAGCGCCGACUGAACGACAUGGUGUUGGAGAACCGCGUCAUGGUGCUGAACGAUGAGAACUGCCACCUGAAGACGGAGCUGCUGCAGCUGAAGCUGCGCUUUGGCCUUAUCAGCACUGCCUCCUACAUGGAGAAGAGCCAGCAGCUCACUAGUGGAGUCAACAAUGGAGGCAAUGGGGGAUCCUCCACAUCCUCCUCCAACUACUACUCCAGCGGCUACUCCAGCAGCUCCCAGGUGAUGAUGAACUCUGACUCCUCUGAGACUGAGCAGUCAGGCAGCGGGGGGGGACAUAGUCAACUGGUGACGUACUCCCCACAUGGGUCCCUCUCAGACAUGUCAGACAGGUCCUCCCGAGACAGCCCAGAGCCUACAGUCUACGAGAUCAAGCAGGAGGAAAGCAGCCUGGAGAUGGACAUUGGAAGCAGCAUGUUCAACGUCCACCAUAGCCUGUCCUCCACACAUCACCAGGAGGAGAUGGCGUCAGUCUACAGCAGCCAACAGCACCAAUCCCACUCCUACCACCACCAGGAGAGCAUCACCAGCCAGACCAGUCAGGCCCCUCCACCCACCCAACAGAGGAGUGUCAUCCUCUACCGCUCCAGUAGUGCCUCCUACCCUGUGGAGAGCCAAAGGCAGCAGGACAUGGAUCAACAGACAGCCCAACAGCAGAGUGCUCAGGCCAGCCGUCUGGCCCAGGCUCGAGAGGGCCACACGGAGAGCUCAGAGAGACUGGCAGAGGUGACCAAGCAGAUGGAGAGGAAGACGUUAGACUCCCCUCCGUACCACUACUCAGACUGCCACAGCGAGGCAGGAGAGAGGCAGGUGUACAGAGCUCUGCAACAGGAGCAAAAGACCCAGAGGGGCCUCGCUCCAGACAUCCUCCAAAAACAGGAGGCAGUCACGUCCCACCUGUACCACAACCAGGCUAGUCACUGCUACCUCAGCGCCCAGGACGAGGAGCCCCCCAUACUGACCUAUGAGGGCGGGGCCAGGAAUGAGGGGUACUAUCAGGAACACUCAACCUCAGGCAAAGACACCUCCUCUAGUGACAAUGACCCCCGCAGCUCUGACAAGGAGGCCUCCACGGACGACGAGUCCCCAUCCUCCUCCUUCUCUGACACCGGGAGCUACCUCCAGCACCUGUCUGUCUCACACCAGCCAGGGUCCCCUCUGCCCUCCCCUCAGGGCUCCUCCCAAUGCCAAAACGGGGAUGCCCAGGCAGAGGUUAAGGGCACUGCCCUGCCCCACAAACUGCGUCUCAAACACAAAGCCAUGAGCUCCCAGCAGGACUCUCCACCCACCCCUCCUCCUUCCUCUAUCCUACCCCUGCCCCAGCACCCUUACCUGGCCCUCACGCAGCAGCAGAGCGGCAAAGAGAGGGAGAGUGAGAGCCAGCCCCCCACAGGGUUCUGUAAGCAGCAGUCCUCAGCUGAGUCAAGGAAGGAAAGUGGGAAAAAGGAGGAGUCAAGCGGACGCCAUAACAACAGACGAGACUAAGUGUCUCUAGAACACUUGAGGGCAACACAAAUAUGUUGAGGUUCCUUACAUUGUGAGGUGUCUCUGAUGCUGCCUUAGAACAAAAUACGUUCUUUCCCUUUCCCGUCCUCAGUCUCAAUCCACUAUCAUCCCUUUACCCCCAUCUACACCCCCCUCACCUUCAAGCCCUGGGACUAAAAAGCUGUACUUGCUAACUAAAGCCCAAAACAGGGCUGGACAUCUGGGUGAACUGUAUUAUAUUUGUAUAUAUUGUAUAGAUUUUUCAAUUCUUGCAUCUUCUCCAUAAUUACAGGACUUUUGUUUAUAAAUGAGAGGAGGGAAGAAACUCUUUCAUAUCAUUUUUCAACAAGAUUCAUUUUAAAUCGUCAAACCACAGUUGGUCAUUUCAAAUGAGAAUAUAAGUUGACCAUUAUUGGAACUAUACCUGCACAUCUGGCUUUAGACAAACAUAGCAGCAACGUUCUGGGAACAUUCCCUUGACCAAAGAUGCAACACAACGAGAAGUUUCAUCCCUCUUCCCUAACCCUACCUCUACCAAUCCAUAUUUUCCCUUCCCAUCUCCAUGAUCUCACACAGCCCAUCCAUUGUCUUUCAAGCACUUGGUUUGUAUAUUACUGUGAUAUAUAAAUAUACCAAUAAUUUAUACAUAUAUUUUUUCAAACAAAACAAACAAAAAUAUGCGACAAACUGUUGAGGCAAGAAAGGAUUUGGACGUUAUCAUCCUGUUUUUGUCAGAAUUACUGUACAGUCACAUUGUCUACUGUUGCAAACACCACUUAAAUUAAAACGCCUUUAAUGUAAUCACUUGUUAACUCUGUUUACAGAAACAUGGCCAAUAGCUUUUAAUGCAGCUUGCCUGUUGUUACGGUAGAUCUUUAAGAUCUUAGACAGCAUUCAAUCAAAGUCAAUCUGAGACAGAACUAGGCUACUGGCCUAAAGUUUAGCAGUAUCAACAGUCUAGACUUCCACUGUUCCCAUCUCUUAGCCCAAUGUACUGAUUCAUAUGCCCACCACUGCAGAAAAGCCCAUAGGAACAUAGACUAAAAUAUGAAUCUGUAGAAAGAUAUAAAAGCUCAAGUUACAGUGGGGAAAAAAAGUAUUUAGUCAGCCACCAAUUGUGCAAGUUCUCCCACUUAAAAAG